UGUAAUUGGUGUUAUUCGUGGCCACCCUUCAGCGUGUUCCAUGUGUUGAGAUUCAUGACGCUAAAGUUGAACUACUCAAACUUCGCUCAAACCUCGUCUCGAAAUAAGCCAGAAACACUCAGACCUCUCGUUUGUUAUUAUUUCCCAUGAACAAGCAUUCGAAGAUUAGACUGGUAUCAUUCAGCUACAACUAUCCCGUCAUAUCCCACCUUCUUUCGCCCCUCAACGCCAUUACAAUCGGGCUUCAAUGACAAACGCUUCGCCAUGGAUAACUCAAGCAUCAUAUCGGCCGAGGACCUCCCUCCGCAACCUGGCCGAACACUACUCCCCUCUCCAGUAGCUCAAGCCGUGAGUCUUGCAACUCGCUCAACAUGCCUCGCUAUUCGUCUCGGUUCCAGGGCCGGAUCUUACGGUCUAAGUGCUGCAAAGGUAACCACUUUAUCCUCCUUGGAACUUGCUCGCAGCAUGGUCGAAACUGUUCUAUCGCAAGCAGGAAGAGAAACACUCUCGCGGUCGCAAAGCGACAUGUCUACCGUUGAAGCCGAAUCCAUCAUCGAACGGAGUUUCGAGCAUCUUCACCAUGCCAUGUCCCAGGCCGUCUUUUGGACGAGUGCAGGUUUUCACUUCACAAGUACAACUUUCUCGAUGGCUUCAGGGAUAUCGCAGCUAUUUCUGUCUUCGCUCGAUCAGAUCUUCGGCUCAACUGAUUCCUCUCGAGCCAUUGCAAGUAUCGUCACACUGAUUAGACGGGAGUUCCAUGAUCCCGCCACCGGCAUUCAUGGGGAUACUGUUGGUAUGAUGGAUCUUGUGCUUGGGUUAUGUGCUUUGGCAUACCUACAAAGAUGGUCCUGGAAGAUGGUCGAAGAGGAAAAACGACGACAGGACUCCGAAGAGAUCAUAUGGGACGUCGUUGUGUUAAACGAUGGCGAACGUGUCGACAUUCAAGAUCGCAUUACUCGAACACCAGCCUUCACGAGGCCGACCGGUUCGACAUCUCGGGACACAAGUCCUACCAAUCUCCAGCAAGCCGUUAUUGGUUCUCAAUCUGCAUCUUUUAAAGAAGAGGAAGCUGUCAUCGACCAGCUAAAAGAUGAAAUGGUCAAGAAACUCCCUCCCGACACAUCCGUUUCCAUUUCCAACACAGUGUCAUCAACACAAACAGUCACCAUUGACGUUGACGGACCUCGUCCAUUCCCUUUACCUUUACUACCAGGUGCCGAGAUCGUUGAGACCAAGGGAUUGAGUAGUCAGACAGGCCGUCGUACCAGUCAGAUACUAAACGACCCUCCCGAAGCCUCCAGUUACCGUGUUGUCUAUAGGCUCGAGCGAUCAAGGACUGGUGACGUUUCCUUUCAGGGGUCUCAGGACAUACCUGUCUCUGUGAUUGAUGUAUCAAAGGGGGAGCCGGCCCCUGAGGUUCCAGCCAAAGAACCUCCCCAAGUGCCGAAGAAGGUGAGGACAACGGGAGUUAAGUCGCCUCCACCACAACGUUCAAGACCUGUCAAAAGUGCCAACGAUCAAACAUCCCGAACUUCUCCUCAGACCAUACCAAAACCUCGAGCCAGUGUAAUACGAGAUGAAAAGGGGAAGUUCACACGACCAACUUCCGCGUCACCACCAUCGUCGCCAGUAGAAAUCAAGACUCCACAACGUGAAGCAAACCAGAAGAGACCUCGCGCACCUGUCAACUCCUCACAAGCCACCAAUAAGACCACUGCCCCGCGAGAAAGCACUAUAACUACCAGAAGAGUUUUACCCAAAAGGAAGUCAGAUUCUUCGACAACGAGCCAGACAAGCGAGAAAAAGACUGGUCUCAGACAGGCUCUUCGAGAUGGAAGUCAGUCAAUCUCGAAUAUUUGGAACAAGGAUUCACCGCCACCGGAAAGUAGACCUCGUCCACAGUCACGGAUAACAACUGUUAGCAAGACUGGCAACAAACCCAUGCAUAGCCCGCGCUCUUCCUCGGAUCAAAAGCGUAUUGAGAAGGCGGAACUUAUACCACGCAACCCUUCCCGUGCAAGCUAUGUCUCCGUUCACGAACGUCGUCGAGAUUCUAUGAUAUCUCAAACAGAUACGUACUCCAUCCAUUCAGGGUAUGGCACCCCAACCCACUCUCCGAGUGUUUCGCUGAGUGGUGCCGCAUUUGAUUCGUCUUGGGUUCAGCAAGCCCAAAAUGAUGGUCUGCUUGCACCUCCUCCAAUUUCUGCCGGUCACCGUAGGGUCCUUCGUAAGAGCCCAAGUCUUUGGAGCAUGGCAUCCAAUGAUUCACAAUCAUCGCUGGUCCUUUCAUACUACCAUCAAAAGAGCGCCUACACAGCGUCAGAUGCACUUGGGGUCCUUCGACGUGAUGGUACGGUGAAUGGAAUAUUUCCUCAAGCACAUGUACUUCGAAACAUCACAAGGUAUAUGAGGUUCUCCUCUGCAUCGUACGGUUCCGCGUUUCUCAAGUUCAUGGGCAUUUCGAAAGACAUGCCCCUAUUGAGAGCUUGGGAUAGCACCCAUACAGAUGUCAGACACUUUGUCCAUCAUACUGAAUCAGACACCCACAGUGUUCUUCUUGCCUCUAUUGUUGAUCCACAAGGAGGGACGGACUCUAGUGGUUCAACCGGUACUGGCGUUCCUUUGGUGCACUACAUCUCCCUGGACCAUGAUGCUAAAGCAGUCGUGCUUGCUUGUCGAGGUACACUAGGUUUUGAGGAUGUUCUGGCAGAUAUGACAUGUGAUUAUGAUGUUUUGACUUGGCGUGGUCGAGGCCACAAGGUACACAAAGGUGUUCAUGCCUCAGCUCGUCGUCUUCUAUACGGUGGCGAUCGCCGCGUGCUGUUUACUCUCCGAGAAGCAUUGCUCGAAUUUCCAGAUUAUGGGCUUGUUCUCUGUGGCCAUUCCCUCGGCGGCGCAGUGACGGCAUUGCUUGGAGUGAUGCUUUCCGAACCAAACCCAACAGGCACUGGCUUUGUGACUGCGAUCGAGGGACCAGAAAGGACUGUUGGUGAUGAACUAUCCGAUGGGCUCCUACCUGUUCACUCUACGUUACCACCACGACGUCCUAUACACGUGUAUGCCUAUGGGCCUCCCAGCACUAUGUCAGCAUCUCUACGUAAGAGAACGCGUGGUCUCAUUACGACCGUUGUUCAUGGAAACGACAUCGUUCCAUAUUUGUCACUGGGAGUUCUGCACGACUUUCAGGCAGUUGCACUCGCUUUCAAGAAUGACCAACAACAAGCCAAGGCGGAGAUACGUCAACGCAUAUGGCAGGCCUUCCAGACUGGUGUAGCAGAUAAGUGGUACGGAGGUUUGCCCUCUGUCCCAUCUGGAGACUCCUCGAAAUGGGGUCAUUCAGUGUUGCAGGGCCUCAGAGCUGGUAUGACGAACCGUAAGCUUGUGCCACCUGGAGAGGUUUUUACCAUCGAGACACAACGGGUUUUGAGGCGAGAUGCAUUCUUGCUACCCGAAGAAGAUCACAUUGGAAAGCCAGCCCAGAGAAUUGUGAUGAAAUAUGUCAAGGAUGUUGAGGAGCGCUUUAAAGAGCUGAGAUUUGGAACGAGUAUGCUGAUCGAUCAUAACCCAGCUAGGUAUGAGGAAGCCUUGAACAAGCUUCGUGUUGGAGUCGUGUAAGUGUAAGUGGGACUUUAUGCUGAUGAGUUACGAUACGGAAUGACUCGGAGGUUUUGUGAUUUAGGUGUACAACAAUAUGGAGUGUUUCACGGCGGAAUGACUUGGAUAUAUGUGGUC